AAAGCAGUCGACGUAGAUUCCACCGCAGCAUUACCAGCAAAAGGAGUGCCCAUCUUGAAUUGUUCGCUCUUCACUGAGAGGGUUUGAGAAUCUGAGAUGGCGUCGUCUGCAUCAGGGGAAGUGAAGGAGGAGGAAGAGGAGAAGCUGAAGCAGAAGCAGAAACAGAGGAGGACGAAGAAAGAGAGGUUGGGAUGGAUAGAAUGGGUGAGAGGGUGGUUCAAUGUUUUAUACGAAAUGCUGUUCCAGAGAAUUAUCGCCAGCCACUUGCAGAACCCUUUGCCUUUACCUCCCCUCAGCGAUCUCACCUGCAUUGUCACCGGUUCCACAAGCGGUAUCGGCCGCGAAAUAGCCAGGCAACUGGCGGAGGCUGGGGCGCACGUUGUGAUGGCUGUGAGGAACCCCAAAGCGGCUAGCGAAUUGAUCCAGAAGUGGCAGAACGAAUGGUCCGGAAUGGGCCUUCCUCUCAAUAUCGAGGUGAUGGAGCUUGAUCUUCUCUCUUUGGAUUCCGUUGUGAGAUUCGCCGAAGCAUGGAAUGCACGUUUGGGACCUUUGCACGUUCUUAUUAACAAUGCGGGGAUAUUUUCCAUCGGAGAGCCACAAAAAUUCUCAAAAGAUGGGUAUGAAGAACACAUCCAAGUGAAUCACCUUGCUCCAGCAUUGCUGUCAGUAUUGCUGCUGCCAUCUCUUAUCAGAGGCUCUCCGAGUCGAAUCGUUAAUGUUAAUUCCGUUAUGCAUUAUGUUGGCUUUGUUGACGUAGAAGAUAUGAAUUGUGUUUCUGGAAAAAGGAAAUACACGAGCUUAGUGGGAUACACGAGCAGCAAGCUAGCAGAGGUUAUGUUUAGCAGUGUCCUCCACAAGCGGCUGCCUGCUGAAGCUGGCGUUAGUGUAUUAUGUGUAUCUCCUGGAAUUGUCCAUACAAAUGUUGCCAGGGAUCUUCCCAAAAUUGUUCAAGCGGCUUAUCAUCUGAUACCCUAUUUUAUCUUUAAUGCCCAAGAAGGUUCAAGGAGUGCUCUUUUUGCAGCCACAGAUCCUCAAGUCCCAGAGUACUGUGAGUUGUUAAAAGCAGACGAGUGGCCCGUUUGUGCUUUCCUUUCUCAAGAUUGUCGUCCUACAAAUCCUUCAGAGGAAGCACAUAACGUUGAGACAUCAUACCAAGUUUGGGAGAAGACAUUAGAGAUGAUUGGCCUUCCUUCAGAUGCUGUGGAGAGGCUUAUAGAAGGGGAAGAAGUUAUAUGCCGAUAUGGAAGGUAAUGAUCUGUUUUAAUAUGUUCACUUUAUUAUUGAAGUGCUAAAUCAUAUUCAAAUGGGUGCACACUUACCAAACAUUCAUCCAAGAUGCUGUUAAGGGAUGUUUCUUUAGUUGAUUGCAAAGUGAUGGCCAUUCUCUCUAUGAAAUGGACGGGAAAAACUGAAACGUCCAUCAUUCUGCAACACCUGCUGCUAUCACCAUUUUGUUUCCGUGGCAGCCCGAAAUUGAAUAGGUGCAUAUUUAAUCUUUGUUCUCUGGUCAUCUUGUCUCUGUUGCUGUACACUCAUGUUGUUGUGAAGUUCCAGAAAAAAAGGUCAUUAGUUUGGACAAUGCUAACACAAAAAUAACAAACAAUUAGGAUCCUACCAUGUCUCUAUGGUUAUGAAUUGAUUUUACAUAUAUAUCCGUCUGUUGUCUGUAUAAGCUGCAAAAACUAGCCUCUUGAAUAGAUUUAGCAACUUCCAGUUACAUAUGAGCAGGCUUUGCCCAUCAAAAUGAUAUUUUAUUGUCCUUUACCUCUA